UGAUUCAGUAUUAUAUGUUUAAAAUACAAAACGUUAUUUUUUAUUUAAUAAACACCUUUCUUACAAACUGGGACUUUUACUUUGAAGUAUACCAUUACAAGGAAAUAACUGCGGAAGACAUGUAAACAGAAGUGAAAUAAAGUGACAUUGGCCCUGAGAUCCUAUGGGUGUCCAGGGUCUGACCACCUAUGUGGAGGGGAACAGAAACUUCCUCCAAGAUGUGAAGUUCAGGGACAGUCGCCUGGUUAUCGACGGCUGCAGUCUGUAUUUCCGCCUCUACUUUAACCACGGUUUGGACCAGCAACAUGGAGGAGACUAUGAUGCUUUCGCUUGCCUGCUCACCCAGUUCCUCUCUGCGUUGGCAGCCUGUAACAUCCAGCCAUAUGUGGUGCUGGAUGGAGGGAUUGACCCCAGUGACAAGAAGUUUCCCACUCUGCGGCAGCGUCUGCAGUCCAAGAUAAGGGAGGCGGACAGUCUCUCUCACGGCCGCAAUGGCUCGGUUCUCCCCAUCCUCACGAGAGAUGUCUUCAUUCAGGUCCUCAUGCAGAGAGGAGUCCCACUGGUCCAGUGUCCAGCUGAGGCUGACUUGGAAAUUGCAUGUUUGGCUCACCAGUGGAACUGCCCAGUUCUGACCAAUGACAGCGACUUUUAUAUAUUUGACCUGCCAGGUGGUUACCUGCCACUCCGUUUUUUCCAGUGGACCAACCUCAACGGUAAAGCCUCUCACCGCUAUAUCUUGGCUCGGUGCUACACCACUAACGGGCUGUGUCGCUGGUUUGGGGGCAUGAACCAGGAGCUGCUGCCCUUAUGUGCCGUCCUGACCGGUAAUGAUUAUGGCGCUCCAAAAGAUGCUGAAACACUUCUGGGUCUGUUAGAUGUGACUGCAUUAGGGAGAGGUGGUGGCAGGGGUAAAGGUAAAGCACCCACUUCCCGCAUUGAGGGCCUCCUCCUCUGGCUGUCCUCUUUUUCAAGUCCGGCGGAGGCCCUGGAGGAGGUGAGCAGGCUAAUGGGGGAGGAAGGCAGACAUGGAGGCGGUAGGGGCAAGAGAGGACAGAAGGGUGGGCUCAGUUCACAGUUGUGGGCAGGUAUGCAGGAGUACCACAUCACCUCUCAAAGCUCUCUGGCUCACUGGUUCUCUGGAGGUAAGGCAGUUCCUAGAGGGCGGACAUCUGGGCUUGCACAGUUGCCAGAGUGCCUGUCGCUGGCUGCAGCGCAGGGACUGUUGGCUCCCUUGGUGGUAGAUGCUCUGGUGAUGCGCAGGGUCCUUCUCAUCCCACAGGUGGAGAACAGCAAGCUAGCCAGCAGCCACUGCAGUGCCAGAGCCAUACGCCAGGCUGUAUAUGGGAUAUUACUGCAGAGAGGCAAGAUGUCCAAGCACAGGAUUAUGAGGGUGCAAGAAAACAUCAGCCAGGGUACGAGAGGUGGGAGAGGGCAAGGGAGAAGGGGGUGGGGAGGUGGAGGUGGAGGUAGAGGUGUAAAUGUAGGAUUUAGCAUUGAACAUGCCGCCGUUGCAGCUACAGUGCAAGCUCAGGGCUCUAGUGUCCUAGUGUGUGUAGAGGAGUAUGACCGUCUGGAUCUGAAUUUGAAGAAAAACCAAGUAGAGGCACAUCCACCCAGAACCCCCCUACAGCUGGACACUCUCGGCCAGGCUACUGUGGCAUUUCGUCUUGGUGUCCUGUUAGAAGUCUUGGGGAUGAAGGAGUCUGCCCUGGCUUCUGUUCCUCUCCACCUGAGGCUGGCUGUAGCAGUGACAGGCUUCUGGCUGCGAGAGGCCAUACCAACACCCUCACAGCCCCAGCUCCAGGCUUUGGUGCUGGGCAUGGUUUACGGAGAGCUGUCCUGGAACAACCAGCCUGGAGCUACCCACUACCAACAUGCCGUCCCACAGCUAAACUGGGCUGCAGAGCGCAAUGUGUGGGCAGGGCUUGACCGACAACGUGUGAGGCCAGGGGAGAGACGGGGCUUGGAUGUCGGAGUAGCUCACAGUUUCAGCCAAUGGCAAGCCUGCCUCUGGAGUGCACUGUGUCUCAAUCAGCUAUUGCUGCUGCCACUGCCUGAACCCCACCUAUCAUGGUUGUUCAGUGGUACCUUGGUGCACGGCCUCACCAGGUAUCUGAAAGGGGGCCGAGCUGCUGAAUCCCUCCUAGCUGGGGGUUCCUUGUCUGGACAACUCUAUUUCUCCCUGCUGGACGCCGCAAGGAAAUGCAGCUCCAAAACCCAUCCCUCCUCUUCCGCAGCAGGGAGGAGGAAGAGAGGCGGAGGCAGGGGAAGGAGAGGAAGAGGGGGAGGUGGGAGAGGAGCAAGGGGAGGGGGGAGAGGGACUGGGGAGUUAAACAACAUGUUUGCUUUCCUGAUGAGCGAGGAAGAGUCUGAUGAUGACUGAUGAGGAGGCAGAGAAAAAUGAACAGAUUGAUAUACAGAACUUGCUAGGGCCCAAAUGAGGGAAGACAUUCCAGUGUUUUAAUAAACACACUCAGGGAAUGCUACAAAUAGUCAUUGUCAAGUGACCACCUUGUAAUGUUUAUUACUGAGCUUCUGCCUUUAUACUUGUAUUGCACUAAUUUAACCUUCCUCAGUAUUAUUUACUGGUCUCAAAUCAAGUGACGUCAAGACAUCUGAGAUCAGUUUUCCCAAAGCACACGCUUGCCAUAUUUUAGCACAUUUGAGAGCUUUUAUUAAAGUAAUAUCACUGUAAUUAAUGCAAAUGCUUUCAACCUGAUAGUUUUAUUCAGUUAAAUCAACACAAGAUUUAAACAGUGACUGUAGAGAUGUCAUAUUUGAUCACCUCUGUUGACCAGCUUGUUGUAUGGCAGCUAAUGUCAUCUUAAUGAGAAACUUAUGAAAUCCUAUGUCAUUUUAAUAUUUGCCUUAGAAUUUGGUGCUCGAGUUUACUCAUCUUUCUAUAUUAAAAAAAUAUAAAUCAAA